AUGUUGGGAGCUUCAAAUUUAUCUUUACUUGAUGCAAAAGAUUUCAUAGAGUACUGUUAUCCUGAAUCAAAUCUCUCUUGUGUGAAGAUUUCUCAUAAUGUAGCAGCUAGAGCAGUUAUAUAUUCGUUACUGGUGUUUGCAACAAUUGUUACAAUUCUGGGGAAUUCAGUCGUCAUUAUCUCCAUAGCUCAUUUUAAACAGCUUCACACACCUACAAACAUUUUGGUGAUGUCUCUGGCUCUAGUGGAUCUGCUUCUGGGACUCACAGUCAUGCCUUUCAGCAUGGUCAGGACUGUGGAUGGAUGCUGGUACUUUGGGGAAGAAUUCUGCUAUUGGCAUUCUACUUUUGACUUUCUGUUCACUGGUGCAUCGAUCUUUCAUCUGAUUUCUAUUGCUGCGGAUCGACAUCAAGCUGUGUGCUAUCCACUUCACUACCCUUCAAGAAUAACUCUACCUGUUGCUGGCCUUAUGGCAGCUCUGAGCUGGAUUUUGGCUACAGUGUAUGCUUUCAGUUCCAUUGGUUUAAAUGCCAAAAUGAACAUAGGAGAAUAUAUUGUGUCUGUAAACUGUUUUGGAAAUUGUUUAGUUUUGAUCAGUGAAGCAUGUGCUUCUAUAUGUACAUGUUUGUUUUUCAUUGUGCCAGUGUGUGUUAUGAUUGGUCUGUAUACUCAGAUAUUUUUAGUUUCGGACAGGCAUGCAAGAACAAUUGAGGUAACAAAAAAGGGCAGAUCUGACAUUACAUCAUCAACAAAGAUAUCACAAAAAGUGAAACAUGAGAAAAAAGCAGCAAAAACUCUAGGGAUAGUUGUUGGAGCAUUUAAUGCAUGCUGGAUGCCAUAUUACAUUACAUCUCUUAUUGAUACUUUCUCACACAAUACGACAACUGGAAUUCUUCCCGAACUAUUUAACUGGUUGACUUAUAUCAAUUCAACAUUGAACCCGAUCAUAUAUGGCCUUUUCUAUCCAUGGUUUAGGAAAACACUUUAUCUUAUUGUUACACUAAAAAUAUUUGCCCCUAAUUCCUCUGACAUAAAAGUGUGCAACUUAAAAUAA